GCGGCCCGCAUCGUCACCGCACGUGUCCCCAUCGCCACCGAGCAUGGCCACCCAGACCGUUGCCACUCCCACAAGCCCCCUGCCCGACUUGAUUGUGGACACUUCCUUUGUCAGUGGUGGCGGCCCGGUGACCCCAAGCGGCCAUCGGCACGGCGUGGGUUCCCCUCGCCCGGAAGAUCGAUUCCCCCAAUCCAUGUUGUCCUCUCCCUCCAUGCCGUCCCCUUUCACGGCCCAGACUUCGCCUCUCAGCACCUCGUCGCCGAAUGCCAGUCUCGUGUACCUGGCGUCCGAUUUGGACCCCGAGCAGGUGGUCGCCCUCCGGCAAUGGGCCCAUUCGAAGCUGCUGGCCCUGACCGGUGUCGACCUGUCAUUCGAGUGUGACCGGUCCGCACGCUCGACCGGCAACGGCCAAGCUGCGGCCGGCACCAAGCAGCGCUUCACCACCAACCUCAAACGUUUCUUCCGGUCGCGCAAGAGCCAAGACGCCCAGUCGCCGCUCCCGGGCGGAGUGGCCACCGGCGGCGGUGCUGGUCACCCUUCGGCCGGCCAGCCGACCGGGUAUCCCCCCCUGCCGGCCGGUGCCGGCGGGCACCUGGCCACCCCGGGCACCCCGACCGGCACGCCGGAACGCCGCGGCCUCACUCGGGGAUCUUCCCAAUCCUCGGCCGCGGUGGAUCGCCUCUCUUCGGACCACACGUCCUAUGGCGCUGGGCCGGAUGGCAGCGGCCCGGCCGGGCGGCCGUCCAUGGAUGGCGAUGAGCGGUUCUUUUCGACGUCGGUGGCGCGGGCCACGGCCCUUUGGGGGGUGUCCUUCUCCCCGCGGCGGCUGUUCAUCCCGCAUCCCAUCCGGUCGCUCUUUACCUUCCUCUAUCGCAAUGAUCGCAUCGGCCAGGAUGGCCUGUUCCGGAUCAAUGGCAGCCAGCGCCGCAUCCAGGACCUGAAGCGCAUCCUGGACGAGAACCCGAUGGCCGACCUGUCCACCAUCCGCCUGCCGAAUGGCUGCCUCUCGGCCAAUGAUGUGGCCUCCUUGAUUAAGUCCUACUUCAGUAGCCAGGCCGAGCCGCUGCUGACCAACCAGUUUGAGCGCAUUUGCGAGUUCAUCGCCGCCGAGGACAGCCACUCCCCGCGCGCCCUGCAAGCCAUGCAGUAUGUGUUCAUGACCCUGCCGGCGGCAAGCCGGGAUCUCUUUGAGGCCCUGCUGCGACUGCUGCACACGGUGGCCUCGGCCGAUGGCAUGAUGAAUGCCUCGAACCUGGCGCUGGUCUUUGCCCCGUGCUUCCUGUCGGCGGCGUCGGCCAUGGAUUUGCAUGUCCAUCGGAUUGUGGUGGAGACCACCACGGCCAUGAUUUCCCGCACGGAAGAGGUGUGCACCAUCCUUCCCUGGGUGCUGGACCAGGCGCCGGAUUUGGUGCCCAGCCAGCUGGGCGAGGCCCUUGACGAGGGCGCCUCGGCCUCCGGCGGGGGGGUUGGUGGCGGCGGUCCCGCCGGGUCAGGCAGCAGCCGCACCCCGUCCAUCUCCAUCCCGAGCCCGGCGUCGUUGUUGCUUUCGUCCUCCUCCUUCAGCCAGCUUCGCCGGUCGGUGUCCCAGCGGACAACCAGUAGCACCUCCACCACGGACUUGUCCGGGAAUGCACGCCACCAGCGCAUCAGCUCCGGCGGCAGUGGUCAUUUGACGGCUCGGUCAUCGCCGCACCCCUCGGCCCCGUCCUCGCCGCAGCCGAUCUUGCGCGCUUCGUCGGUCUCCUCCGCCGGUUCCAGUACCCUUCUCCACCGGGGGAGCAGCGCCAGUGGGGCCGGUGGCCGGGGCUCGUCGUCGUCCGGCACAUCGGCCGCCCGUGGCGGUGGCACCGGCUCGGCCUCGGCCUCAUCCAGCUCCAUCCACCAGGAUGUCGGGUCCUUCGGUGGCCCCAUGCGUAUGUCCUCCUCUGGGUCGACCUCCUCCGCCGCUGGCCGGGGAGGAGGGAGCAGCGCCUCCCAUUACCAGCCGCAGCAUCAUCUGCAAUCUUGCUCGCGGGUGUCCAGCUCCGAGCACAUUACCGUCUCCGGUGGCUCCUCUCACAUCUCUCCCUCGCCCCCUGGCAGUGGCUCGCCGAACUUGACGCCCGACCAUCAGGGUGUCGGGGGGGCCCGACUCCUGUCGGCUGGUGGCGGCAGCGGCGUCGGUGGCGGCAGCCAGUCGCUCUCACGCAGUGUCAGUGCCCACACCCCGACCAGCUCGCCGAUGGCCGGCACCAAGCGCACCGCCAGCACCGGGGUCAUCUUUGCCAAUGACCCCUCGGCCUUGUCGGCGGCCGUCGGCGGGGGGCAGCAGUCUCCCCGCCGAGCGGGGACGGCCAUCGGUGCCUCGGUCUCGGCGAGCGCCCUGCACCCUGGCGGCUCGGAGGCCGGUGGCAGCGGUGUCGAAGAGGACACCCUCGGAUCGUCCAGGACCAGCUCCAUGGCCACUGGCCCGUGCGGCGGCGGCGGCGGCGGAGCCAUCCUGCCCUCGUACUCCAGCAACGAUGUCAACAUGGAGAUGGGUGGCGGCCACAACAGCAGCACCGAUGGUGGUGAUGGUGGUGGGGACUCCUCCUCCUCCUCCUCCAGCGGUGUCAGCGAUGACAGUGGCGACAGCGGCCCGGAUGUUUCGUCGUCCUCUUCGUCGGACUCCGAGUCGGAGGAUGCCCUGGUGGCCACGGCGCCGGCGUCCAUCUCCGCCGGGGCGGGGGCCGGCUCGCACGGUGUCGAUGCGGCUCUUGCCUCGUCGGCGGCGGCGGCGGCAGCCGGCGGUGGCCAGCAUGGCGAUGCGUCGGAGCCCUGCUCCCCGCGGUCGGGUCUGGCCCCGGUGGCUGUCGAGGACCAGGCUCCCGCUUCGCCGGUCGGCAGCGGCAAGCCACUGCCGGCCUGCUCGACCCCGGCGCCACUGAUUUUGCCCUCCGGCGAUCCGGUCAAUUCCCCGCCGCCGGUGUCCUCCUCGGCCAUGCCGGGGCUGGUGUAUUCGAUUUCGCGGUCAUCGCGCCUGCGCGCGGCGGCGAAUGCGGCGGCGGCGAAUGCGGCUGCCUCGGCGGCUGGCAGUGGCCCCGUGUCUCCGGAGUUUGCCCCCUCCACCCCGCUGCCGACCAUCGAGUCUGGCGUGGACAACAUGCCGCUGGUUCCGGUGAGCCAGCGGCGAGGUGUCUCGCAGCAUCGGACGUCGGCCGAUGUGACCCCCCUGCCGGCGCGCCUGCCGUAGUAGGGGGACCGGCGGGGACAUGCUGAGCCACAAGUGCGUGCGUGCGUGCGUGCGUGU